AUGGCUCCCAAGCCCGCUGAGAAGAAGCCCCCGUCAACCGCCGGCAAGGCCCCUGCCUCGGCUGGUAAGGCCCCCUCGGAGGGUGCCAAGAAGACCUCGAAGGCCCCUACUAAGUCGGCUGAGAAGAGGAAGGCCGGCAGCAAGAUCCGCAAGGAGACGUACUCGACCUACAUCUACCGUGUGCUUAAGCAGGUGCACCCUGACACGGGUAUCUCGAACAAGGCCAUGGCUAUUCUGAACUCGUUUGUGCAGGAUAUUUUCGAACGCAUUGCCUCGGAGGCCUCGAAGCUUGCCAGCUACAACAAGAAGAGCACGAUCUCGUCGCGUGAGAUCCAGACGUCGGUGCGUCUGAUUCUCCCCGGUGAGCUCUCGAAGCACGCUAUUGCUGAAGCUACGCGCUCGGUUACCAAGUUCUCGUCGACAUAA